GUACUAAACGAACCCUUUAAAUUUAUGUAGCCUGCCAAUUGAGGUUUUCGUUUAUUUUGUUCCAUAAUUUAAUUUCAAGAUUAUAUUUCAUCUAGCCAUAAAUACAAGUACUUGUAUCAUAAUGAAAAUGUUACUAUUUGUUAGUGCUUGAGAGAGAAAUAUAGGAAAGUAGCAAGAGUUUUGGAGUUUUUACUCCGUUACGCCAAUAGCACCUUCGCAAAAAAUAGCAGAUAACCAAAAUCAAAGCAAAGAAAAGCUAAAGAAAAACUGUGAAACGCGGAGUUUCUUUAGCUUACAGAUCCACACACAACAAGAUCAAAAUAAUUGAUAAUGAGGGAUUAUAGAAAUUUCAUUGGGGUUUUAUAGAUAAUUUGAUUGUUAUCUGCAUCUUCAAUUCAAUCUGGCAAAUUUAGAAGGAUUGCGGCCACGCUUGUCAUUGAAGCAAGCAAGUAGAGAAGAGGAGGACGAAGAGGAGUGUAGGCCUUGGCGUAAGAGGUUAUCUAUGGCUUUCAAUUGGUCUUCCCUUCUUAAGUUCACCUUCCUUCUUCUCCUUCUCGCUGCCAUUGCCACCGCUUGUUUCACUCUUCCUGUUGAAAAGAUACUGAAAGAUUUCUUGCUAUGGAUUGAGCAAGAUCUUGGUCCUUGGGGUCCGCUUGUCUUGGCUGUUGCAUACAUUCCUCUAACAGUAUUGGCAGUUCCAGCGUCAGUUCUUACGCUAGGUGGUGGUUAUCUAUUCGGCUUGCCUGUGGGUUUUGUUGCUGAUUCUAUUGGUGCUACCAUUGGUGCUGCCGCAGCAUUUCUUCUUGGUAGAACAAUUGGGAGGUCAUUUGUCAUUUCCAAGUUGAAAGAUUAUCCACAGUUUCGUGCAGUUGCAAUUGCAAUUCGGAAAUCUGGCUUUAAGAUUGUUUUGCUGCUCCGACUCGUUCCUCUGCUUCCGUUCAAUAUGCUGAACUACCUGUUAUCAGUGACACCAGUUUCAAUUUGGGAAUACAUGCUGGCGUCAUGGUUGGGAAUGAUGCCAAUAACUUUUGCCCUGGUGUAUGUCGGCACAACUUUGAAAGAUCUUUCUGAUGUUACUCAUGGAUGGGGUGAACUCUCAAAAACCCGCUGGGCUAUGAUAAUAUUUGGCCUUUUGGUGUCUGUGUUUUUAAUUAUUUGUGUCACAAGAGUUGCGAAGGCCGCUUUAGAAAAAGCACUGGCUGAAAAUGAAGACAUUGAUGACAUAUUGUCAAUACCAGAGCUACCAACUGUGGCUGAUUCAGCUGCACGUCUCGACCAGCCACUUAUAAUAAAGAUAGAUUCUGCUCAAGACAAUCAUGAAAAAUAGGACUGGUAUUAUCUUUGUAAAUUUCCUACUGAUGAUACGGCCAUAGUUAAUAUUUCUUGUUGAUGAUUUUGGCAUCCCUUUGGUGAUGCUUUUCCAGUCUUCAUUUGUACAGGCGGAUUAUACAAAUGCAUGUAGUUUGGACAGAAAUUGAAUCAUUAGUUUUUGGGGCUACUUUUAAGUCUACGGGUCCUCAAUUGCCAUUACCACCAGUGUAAUAAACUCGGGAAAUAGUUUUCUUUCUUGACGUGUA